CAUCGUCGAAUCAUUCACCACCAUCCGUUCGUCUCUCUUUUUCCAUCACUCCAUCCUCUUUUUCGCUGUCGUCUCUUCUCUUCCAGAAACCUUUUUCCUGUCGGUCUCGUUCCCUUUCCACUGUCGAUUCUCGACAUCGACUUCCUGUCGACCUCCUCCUUCAACCUGUGUCGCACUUCGCAUCUCGCGUCUUUCCUUAUUCCCUUGAAACCCUGGAUUUUCGCCCUAAUCGCGAUUCGACCUCGUUCCAGAACCAGAACCCCAGGGCUCGACAGCUAUUGUCCCUGGCCGGCGAAAACUGCUCCCUCCGCACCUUCAACGUUCUCAAAAAGCUCGUCUCGAUACGUAACUCCUAAUCACCACAUAGCCUUUUCCCAGUCGAAAAGGAAAGAAUUCGAUCAUUGCCGAGCAAUAUCCAACCCUCACCAUUCAUUGUUGUACACCCCGUAUUUUAUUUCACCGCGAACCAAGACCGCUUUGUACAUUUGCACACCAAUCUGCCCCUGCGGCCAUUGUCAGCAUCACACACAAUCUCUCUGCACCCAACUGCCACAGCUGGCUGAAUCUCUGGCAUUUCACUGCUGUCGCGCCUCUCACGUCACUAGAUUCCCUACCUCAACCACUUCACUGCUACGAAACGACACAACCUUCACGACUCAGAGUGAUCACCUAAUAUUCAACAUCCGAAGCAACAGCCUACUCAUACCCUCAUUGCAUUCACUUCUACGCGUUUCAGCGCACAGAUAUUCUUUUCUUGACAAUUCCCUGACUUGGUCCGGGCUCUCAGCAUAAGUUCCAGGAUCCGGUCAUCGGCUUGCACAUUAUACCUGUCUUUCUAGAAAAAAACAAUGAGCAUCGACGCUGGCGGUGUUGCUCAAAUGACUUACCAGUCUCCUUUCAAUACCUCGAUCGGCGUUUCCGGCCCCGGUUUUGCAUCCCGUGGAAAGGGUUCUCACAUAAAGCGUCUCAGCGUUGCCCCUCCUCCAAAGAUCUCGACCAUCGACGAAACUCAACAGGCUAACGUCGGUGCCACACCUCGAACCAGUCGUGGUCACUUGUUGGCGGGGCUUCGAACUGCUCCCAAGUCUGCUACCGUGCCUCCUGUCACCAAUGGCCCCGGUCUCGAAAAGAGCAGGUACGCCUCGGCACAGUAUGGCAACAACGUUCCGCAGACUGCCACGGGCACGUACUUUCCCAGCAAGAGGAACUCCUACCAUGGUGGCUUUCAGCAGAACUAUUCUCUUGCAGAACAAGUACUUGCUCCUCCUGCUCUCGACUUCGUCGAUUCGGUAGACACUAUGGAUCAAAAUCUAUACGAUGAACUGGUAGCAACCAACAAUUACCUGGCUCAGCAGCAACGAGCCCUUCAACAACAGUUGUUGAGUGUCACCACGGCUGCUCAGCACUUGGGUGGACUGAACAUCAACUCUGGGAUGAUGACGAAUGCUGGCCAGCAGUUCCAAUCUCCCAUCAGUUCACCCAUGAGCAUGUACAACCAGCAAUUCCAACAAGGCUUGCAACCUGUUGUCCAACCAGUUCCAGGCAGCCCCGGUGUCUUUGCUGUCUAUAACCCUAUGACUGGUCAGUCCAGCUUCGUGCUUGACAACUCUGCCCAACAGCAACAGGAAAGCUCUUCUGCUCGCCGGAACGAAUCUAUGUCGCCUCCACCGGCUGCUGCUAGCUACCAACGUCAAUUUGCCGAGCCCUCCUACCCUCUGACCGAAACGCGUUCACGAACUCCUCCCAAGUCGACACCAUCUCCACAACAAGAAGUCGAACCUCUUCCUCCUCCAUCUGCCAACGCUUUCCGACGAGGACACAGAAAGAACGCGUCAUCCGUCAAUCUCAAGACCAAUGGUGAAUGGGCAAAAGGGUCGGGCUUGAGAGCAGCUGGAAUCCCUCAGACACCCAUGACCGGUACCUUUGGACCUGGACAGGCAAGAGCUGGAGAGCAUCCUCUCAGACAACCCAAGAACCCACCACAUCUUCAAGAGCUGCAAGACAAGCCCACCUCGAAGCACGAAGGCAGCAAGAACUUUGCCACUCGUCAACGUCGCCGAGCUGUCCACGACUUGGUACGUGCAGGGCGGGAACGGCGAAGCGAUGGUCGUCAAUCUGGCUCUGGAGCUGGUACACCCGGUAGCGAAAACGAAUUCAACUUUUCAGUCUCGUCUGACAACGACUCUGUCCUCGCCGGAAGCACCAGCCUUUCAAGCAAACCAAGCCUCGGUAGUCUUCGAGCGGUUGCUAGUGGUGCUAUUGGCUCAGAGAGGAAGGAGAAGUCCAGAGAGCGAUCUUCCGUCGACAGCAUUGGAGCCAUCAGUGCUAAGAGCCUCAGUAGCGAUGAAGGCAAUCCGAUUGGAGGACCCAUGGUCGAAGUUGAGCAACCUGCUAGACGCAAUACUCCACUUUUGGUUCUCAGUAGCGCUGAGAAACGUAAGAGUGUGAUUAUGUGAGAGAUGGCACAGGGCAGCGCCCGAUAUCCGUCUCAUUGAGUACUCUUGGAAGUCUCAGCCACUCAUUAUCAUCACGACUUGAUGACCCCGAUUCGAAUUGAAUUGGCACGACAAUAGUAUUACAUUCGAUGCUUCCUACGAGACAAGUACCCUUGAUUGGAAGUACUAGGACUAUCUUUAAUGGGAACCAAUCCAUCGAUUAGCUUUUCUUCUUGAGCUUGGCCUUGUGUGUUUAGAAAAUUCCAGUCUUUACAGAGAGAAUCAAGGAAAUGGUGUGUCUAUGAGACUCUUCGGGCAGAGACGUUUCGGAGAGCUCUGUACACAUUUCGUCUUGUUAUUGAUUGCUCGUCACGAAACAGGAGUGGUAUGUUGAAGCGGUUGCACUUGGGAGGGUCUUGUUCAAGUCAUUGGAUUUUCUCCUAGCUUCUUGUGCAGAACUUGAGCCCUGGGACGCAGUCUAGGUCUUGUGUGAAGAAUGUAGUCGAGCUUGACCCGUCGCCCAAGGUAGUUGAUAGCAUAGCAUCACGAAUCAAGAGCUUUGCUUAUUGCUGAA